AUGUCUUCGACCACUUUGAUGACGUUUCUGCUUGUCCUCAGCCCUCAUAUCAAAUCCGUCAAGCUCUUAGGCUCAUGGGAUAAUUUCUCCAAGCCCUAUUAUAUGGAGAGGGACAGACGCAUCGGCUCAGGCCACUGGAGGGGCUGCCACACAUUCACCGAUAUCAUAUGCGAUGGGUCUCCAACUAACAUCGGUCCCGCACGCUCCGGUGGGCUCAAAAUGGGAGGCACCUACUGGUAUUAUUACUUGCUCGAUGACGACGUGGAAUAUUACAACGAGGCAGAGCCUGUGACAUCGCAGUGUCCUUUCCUUCCCGGUCAACCGGUCAAUGUCCUUCACGUUCCCAUCAUCCUGCCGGACACAAUUCCGACUCACACUCGUGAGAGAAGCUGUAGCUCCAACAAGUCUGACCAGCGAACUAUGAACCCCGAGGACAAGUAUAUGAAUCCUCGGCGCCCUCCCAAGCCCAAACUUCCUCGCCUUCGGACGUCGCCUCCACUUUUACAGCAACCGACUCCCGCUUGGUCUUUCAACGCCUCCCCCCUGGGCAUUGUUACUCACAAGACAUCCUCUCAACCCGGUAGUGCCACAUCCAAUGCUCGAAAACAGAAUUGCAAAGCUGCCCGAUCUGUAUCUCCUCCAAGAUCUCGAGGUCUGCGAGCUGCCUUCCGACAUUGGAAUGCAUCCUCGCCCGAGUUGAGCGUCCCCACUGAUCAAAGCACAGGCAAUAUGCCCGGCUUUGGAGCUCGUGAACAUGCGUCGUCGCAUAGUGAGGGCUAUGAGGACUUGUAUAGACCUCGUUCGCGUGGAGGCUGGAAGCAGCCCAUGUAUGAAACCGAAAUAUCUCGUCACUGCAUGGCAAACGACCCCUGGAUACCUGCUCCGGCUGAAUCUCAUGACGGCGCGCCCUUCUCAAUUCAAGAACGGCGCGCCAUGAACCCCACAUAUAACGAGCAAACACCGCGCAGAAUUCCUCUCACUUUACAAACGAAUCCGGGGUCCGCGACUCCUCGCGGCCAACGCAGCCCCAGGAGACAUUCUCGUACCGCCCAGGGGUCUUCUGUGAGCUCCUGUCCUUACCUAGGGACUGCGACCGUUGCAAUGCCAGCGGAGCUCGACGCUACAACACCGACUCCGUUCACAUUCAAGGAAAAGAGGCUCCCAACGCUGCCCAAUACACCGUCGUCGGUCAUGGACGAGGCACUGCGCGACCUUGAUGACCGGGAAAGGGCACUGGAUACCGAGAAUUUCGAAAGUCACUUCUCGGAUUUCAGUGCAACGGAGGAUUCCAUCGACUCCCCGUGCGAACAAAGCCGCUUUUCCGAAUGGAGUACGGACACGGAAUUGGUCUCUCCUGAGUCAAUGACAUCUUCUUUAACAUUCAAUAAUGACUCUCAGACGCCCUCUAUCAUUGACCGACUGGAAGUUCCGGACCUCGUCGACCACUGCACGGUCAACGAAACCAGCGAUCCCGACACCCCCCACUUGACCGUGGCUUCCAAGCCCUCGCCUACCACCCUCGGUGGCGAUUCUCCCCGCUUCGAUCUGCCCCCACCUCGCUUGACCAUCACCUUGUCUCCAUCCGAUCUUGAUGUUUCUGGCCUGUGUAUUCACGACGAUGAUCAUGUGGAAACCAACCCCAAACGACAUGCCGCCUUUUUUGGUGGAAUGGACCCGGUCGAAGCUCUAGGGAUUGCCAAAAGCCCCGAGGCCGGCACGGUCAACUUCUCUGACGCGGUGAAAACUGACAUGUUUUCAAUGAUCGAUGGGCGCCCGGCUACGGCUGAGAAUAGUCACCGCGGCUCCAGACGAGCGACCGUUGCCAGCCAGUCUGCAACAAUGCAAGAAAUGAUUGAUGAACUGAGUUAUUUGAAGAAUAUGAUUCAGUCUGGAAGUACGGGGGAUAUCUAA